AUGGGAAGUGGCCUUUUUCUACAGCUUCUGCCCAGCACGCUUGGGGGCAUAGCCUUUGCCGUCCCCUUACUCCUUGCCUUUGUCCAGAUCGCAACAUACGCAUACAACCUCUUCUUUCAUCCGCUCCGAAAGUUUCCCGGUCCCAUCACCUCUGCUAUCAGCAACAUACCUCUCACCGCAGCAGGAUUGAGAGGAGAUGGAGUGUAUUGGAUCGUCGACCUUCAUCAGAGAUAUGGCGAGGUCGUACGAGUUGCACCGAAUGAACUGAGCUUCAGCGGCAACGGAGCGUACAGAGAUAUCCACGGACACAAAAAGGCUGGCCUGCGAACGCUUGAGAAAGAUCCACAAUUCUACAGGACCCCAUCCGGUGAACGCGACAUAGUCAACGGCGACUUCGACGACCACGCCCGCAUGCGACGUGUCUUUGCACACGCCUUCUCCGAUCGCGCUUUAAAGCUACAGGAACCAUUGUUCCUAACACAUGUGGAUAAGCUGAUCAAAAAUAUGCGCGAGGCUCUCAUCCAGGACCGUCGCCACAAGUUCGACAUGGUUCAGAUGUGGAAUUUUACAAAUUUCGACAUUAUGGGUGAUCUCACAUUCGGAGAACCCCUGGGCAUGCUCGACAAAUCGAGUUACCAUCCUUGGGUGCAGGCGAUGCUCUCGUCUUUCAAGUUCGGCGUCUACGUGCAUAGCAUCCGGCAUCUGCCCUUGAUUGGCCGUGUACCCAGUCUCGAGGGAUUGUUACUCCGGUUCUGCAUUCCCAAGAAAGUCCUUGGUCAGAUGGCGCUCCACAAAAACUUUUCAGAGCAGAGAGUCGACACACGAUUGGAGAAGCAGGAUGCAAGGCCGGACAUGUGGGGAUUGGUACUCGAGAAGGAGGGACAGAAUGGCUUGACCAGGCAAGAAAUGUACUCGAACGCAAACCUGUUCAUGAUCGCCGGUACGGAGACGACGGCCACGCUAUUAAGCGGUCUGACCUACUAUCUCGUGACGCAUUCGACCAAGCUGCAGAAACUCACCGACGAGAUUCGCUCGACCUUUUCGUCAGAGACGGAAAUUUCAAUCGAACGACUGCAGGCCCUACCUUAUCUCAAUGCUUGUUUGGAAGAAAGUCUUAGGAUGGAGAAGAAGUCUGGCUUCUCGCCUUUCUCGACUGGACCCAGGGCUUGUUUGAGCAAGAAUAUGGCAUACCAUGAGAUGCGUCUCAUCUUGACCAAAGUGCUGUACAACUUCGAUCUCGAGCUUUGUGAGGAGAGUCAGAGUUGGAUACAGCACAAGAUCUUCAUCAUGUGGGAGAAGCCGCCAUUGUACUGUCGUCUGAGGCCUGUGAGCUGA